AUGGGUGAAAAUGAAGAAUUUAAUACUUUAGCAUUUGAAAAGAAGCUAACACAACUAAAGGACACCCAGGAGAGUAUUCAAUCUAUGUCAUCAUGGUGUUUGAAGCAGAGACUUCAUCAUAAAAAGAUUGUUUCUAGCUGGUUAAAUGUUUUGAAAAGAGUAAAGGUUGAACAGCGGCUUGUCCUUUUCUAUUUAGCUAAUGAUGUGAUUCAAUAUAGUAAAAGAAAAAACUAUGAGUUUGUGGAAAGCUGGGGUCUCAAUUUGCAAAAAGCUACACCAUUAGUAAGAGAUGAAAAAGUAAGAUCAAAGAUUCUGCGUAUAUUUAAAAUUUGGGAAGAACGAUCUGUGUAUGACGAUGAGUUCUUAUCAGAUCUCACUGGCUUACUCAGUGCAGGAGCUAUUAAGAAGACUGAUGAUGAUCCAUUGGAUUUUCAACCACAGCAGCUAGUAAAUAAAAUAAAGCAGUGUUCAGUGUUAGAAGCAGAUACCAAAUUGAAACUCAAAAGCAUACAUGAUAGUCAUUUGGAGUUAUCCGACGCAGAUGCUCUUUGUGCCAAUUUAAAAGAUAGAAGUCAUAAAGACGAUGUGGAAAAGGAAUUGAAUGAAGGUAUUGCAUGUGUUGAGAAAUAUACUCAAGCAUUGCAAAGAGAAACGGUAGCUAGGGAGGCUUUGCUAGCGUUGUUAAGUUCAGCAAACCAGUACUAUUCCACGCAAAGGGGGGAAGUUAAAGUGGUGGCAUAUGCAUACAAAAACUUUGGUGCCCGAGUGCGAGCACUAAAGCGAAAGUUAGAUGAACUAAUACCCACCCUGCCAAGUGCAGCCCCCUCACCGCCUCAGCGUGAUGAGGAUGUACCGUCUCCUGGACCUGAUGAGGAUUUGGAGCUACCUGCUCCAGAGACUGGUGAAGAUGUAUCAUAUAAUAUAGACAGAACAUUUAAUACAUCCAUAUCAGCUGACGGAUCUCUCUAUAAUUUUGGUCUCUCUUCGUUCCUCACAUCAGAAAAUCCAAUGGCUAUGUUCAAUGAGACUGCCGAAUUAGAUAUCAGUGCGAAUAAAAUAGAAGUGAUAAAUUUGAGGCCAAACGACAAACAAGAUAUCGAUUUAAGCGAUAUUUUGGAUAACUUUGAUCCUCUAGAAAAUAAUUCUACUUCUUCUGAAAAUAAUUCAGCAGGCAGUGCGAAUAUGUCCCAGUCGCAGGACACGUUGCCCGGUUUGGACCUACUGACGCCGGACAGUACGGGCAAUCCGCCGCCGCCGACUUCAUUUUAUGGCACGAUGGAGACGAUAACCAUUCCAGAUGACACUGAACAGCCCUAUAUACCAGAAGCGAUAACAACCACUCCAUGGACUAACCCCGCAUGGAAUGUGCCUCCGCCAACGACAAUAAUACCCCCAGUAAUAGCCAACCGCAAUAUAUACACGGAGCCGCCGGCCUCCCCGCCGCCAGCACGGCAUCCGCCAGUACCGCCGAUUGUUGAAAGGACACAGGACGUACCUCCGUCCGACGUGGACCACCGCGGCAUACUGCCCCCACCGCCGCCCCCGCCCGUACUGCCGUUGUUAGGUCAUAUUGAAGACGUGGAUCACAGGCUAUUACCAAAUUUGCCUCCGCUACCGCCAGUGACCACCACGCCUAUAAGGCACACUUCACAUCAAGGUAAUAAUAAACCAGAUGUUUCUAGUGACGAUGUAGAUCAUAGAAAUUUAAUAUCGUUAACGCAUCAGGUCGCACCGCAGCCGGUGCCUCGGCCGCAUAACCCUGUGGACCAGGAUUACAGAGUACCGCCGUUAGUGCCUCCACCAGAUAUAGUCGAGAGCGUUGAUAUGGACUUAUCGGAAGAUGAAGAACAACAAGGUAUGUACCCAAAUCAGCAGAAUUCAAACGAGCAUCGACGUAACAGUUUCAAUAAUAAUAAAGUUUUAGUCGGCGGCGAUGAAAAGUCCGUGAAGGAAACGAAUCAUGUAAAAGUGAAUAUUAAUAGUAUUCGUGAUAAAGAUGGGCCCCAUACAGCCCCCAUUGUACCCCCAUUAUCGAAUCCCUUCGAUAACAUGCCUUCAGGACUCAAAUUUAAUAUGCCGUUCCAAAAUAUGCCGCCCGCUUUCAAAAAAGCCAAUUUCGAAGAAAACAGAGAAGAUAAUUCCAAUGAUAGUGCAUACGAAGAAGAUGUAAGAAGUCGUAGUAUGGAUAACAUAAGAAAAUCGCCUGAAUAUGACGAGUUUCAAAAAGACGUCGAAUGGCACGGGCCUAGGUUCAUAAAUCAAAGGUUCCCCAGGAAUUGGGGGCCUAGAAACAAUUUUAGACCCUUCCACCCCCAAUUUCGACCUAGAAAUGGACCUAGACCGCCAAAUAGGUGGAUUGGACCAAGACCGCAAAGAUUUUGG